GCAUAAAUAUAGUAGUGUCUCAUGGGCACCUUUCCCCGCAAUGAGAAUGCUUUAAUGCUACACUAGUUGCUGCUCGCUACUCGCUAGUAUGCCAGUAUAUUCCGCGACGUCUACACUCAUUCGCCUCAUUUUUUAUUAUUAUUAUUAUUAUAUUUAUGUUUAACAAACAAACGUGUCCGUCUGUCUGUGUCUAUGUAAAUAUUUAAAUAAAUUUACAAUAAUUUAUUUAAUAUUCUGGAUUCAUAUCCAAGUCUCGCGAAUUUUGUUUUUUAUCAACGUCUGGACCAUGAUCAUCAUCAACAUCAUGACUAUCCAUUUUAUACAACUGGAUCGCCGACGUCAUUGACUUAAAUCAUACUUAUAUUCUACUGAAACAACAAAAUAUAUUUAACACUGUUUUAUCAAGUGUAGCAACGGUGAGGCUGACGGUGAUCGAUCUGCCGUGAAAGCGAUUCAUAAGUUGUAAUAUUAUCCUAGAUAAAAUUUACAACAAUAAAAUAAUAUUAAAAGCUUUGACGAGCUUUUGCAACAAUGCGUCACGGUAAUAGCAAUAGCAAUAACAGCAACGGGUACCUGGUGCACAAUGGCGGUGAUGCGCAACGUAGUUACUCAACUGAUGGUGAGGAGAGUCAUCGUGCUACCUCCGUGCGAACUUCAUCAGAAUAUCCUAUCGCCCACAAGCCCAGCUCUGUGAUUAAAAUCGUGGUACCUUCACAACAAAAAAGUCGCAGGUCGACAAAUGAAAAAGACAACGAUAAACGGGUACAUAUAUCACGAAAUGGACAUACUGGUUCUGAUUUAUCAAGAGACUCACCGCCAAAUAAUAAUAAUAAUAAUAAUAAUAAUAAUAAUAAUAAUAGCAAUAAUAAUAAUAAUAGUAGCAAUAAUAAUAAUAAUCGACAUAAUCAGUCAAAUAAUGGUUCAGAAACAAAUAUACCAAUUUUUAUUACCAACAGUAAUUAUCGUACGACAUCAGAUAUUAGCCGCGGAUCACGUCACAGUCCGGUGCCCAGUUCAAGAAUAGAUGACAGGGCGCCCAGUCAUUACAGCUGUGGAUCUGGGAGAUCUGGUGGAUCAACCGUAAAGACUAAAACCUCCCGGCAUGGUGGUAUUAUUAUUGAAACAAUGUCCACUCCCAAUCCUUUUUGUCCCAACACUAAGGGAAUGUGUUGUCUCAUGUUGCUCAUAAACCUCGGUCUUAUCCUUGUCACACUUGGCUUCGUCAUAGUUAUUCAAAUAUUCCAGCCAGUUAUUGUCUGGGUCUUAGGCAUAGUCUUCCUCAUAUUUGGAUUCUUAACACUCAUAGGAAGUUUGAUAUACUGCGUACACGUAUUUAGAAAUGCCAAACAUCCUGGUGAAAUAAACCCAGAAGAUUUUUAUUGGACACGUUACUGGCAAGGCCAUGUUGGCUCAGCACCAGAAAUUCACUACAAGGCUGAAGAAAAAUAUCCAGAUGACGGUGGUAGCGAUCGAUAUAGCAAAUAUUCGGCUAAUUAUUCAGAUCGCCGCAGUCAUCGAUAUUAAAUUUAAAUUAAUUUUUUAUUAUUUAUUAAACACUUUAUUAUGAAGACGUGAAACUCUUUUAAAUAAACAGCAGAAGCAGUAAUUUUUUUAUUUUAAAUUAAACAAACCAAAUCUGAUACUAGACUUUCUGAUGUCUAGUAUCUAAUUUUUUGUUUUUUUUAAUUCUACAAACACAAGUCGAAAUAUUUUUGUUCAUGGCUUUGUAAAACUAAUAGACUGGUCCAAUGUGCCGUAACAAAUAACUUUUAUUUUUUAACAAAUAUCAAAUUGUUUCACAAACA